GGCUGGGGCGGCUGCGCGCACGGCGCCUCUCCACCAACCCGCUCCCCGCAGGUCUCUCGCUCGCUCCAUCCCUCGCCGGCGCCCGCUCGCUCCCCCCGCCCUUUGAUUGACAGGCAAGAUGUCGGUGUGGAGCGAGGCAGGAGCGAUUGCAGCAGCCGUCACCCCCGGAGCCCGGCGGCGGCAGCAGCAGCAGCAGCAGCAGCAGCGCGGGGAGGAGACAGCAGCCAGCCGCAGUAGCCGCCGCAGCCGCGGGAGCAGUGCAGACAGCAUCUUGAGAACGCGCUAAAGCACUCGGAACCGUGGACCAUGCCGUGUCACUGCAACUGGGAGGGGGGCAAACUCGCUUUUUUUUGACAUAAAAGCCAGCCAGCCAAAAAUAUAUAAUUUUGUCCUUCACGGAGCCGGUGUGUAAAGAGUGAGCGCUAUUUUCCUCCUCCUCCUCCUCCUCCUCCCUCCUCCUCCUCUUUCUCCUUCUCCUCCUCUUUUUCCUCCUCCUCCUCCCCAAGUGCACAGACAGCAUCACAUCACCUGGUUGUUUCUGAGAAAAGGCAUCUCUCCUUUUCAGGGACUAGAGACUCAGAGGAGACAUUCUAAUGGAGACUGCCUGAUACCCCCCCCCCAAUAAAAUAAUAAAUUUUGUCUCUUGUCCCCUCCUCCUACCCCCACCCCCUCAACCCUGUGUGAGAUGUUGGGUUUCUUCUUCAUGAGACAUUGUCGAGAAGUCGCAGUGGUUGGAGAGGCGUAGGGGGUAGACUGCCUCUGCCUCUACUCCCUCCCCCCUUUUUUCUCUCUGGGAGGAGGAGGAGGAGGGGAAGGGGUUUUGCAGAGCAAGCGAUGGAUGAGGAAAACAUGACGAAAAGCGAGGAGCAGCAACCUCUGAGUUUGCAAAAAGCCUUACAGCAGUGCGAGUUGGUACAAAACAUGAUAGACUUGAGCAUCUCCAACCUGGAAGGGCUUAGGACCAAAUGUGCUACCUCCAACGACCUCACACAAAAAGAAAUCCGGACCCUGGAGAGCAAGCUGGUGAAGUACUUCAGCCGGCAGCUGUCCUGUAAGAAGAAGGUGGCUCUGCAGGAGCGCAGCGCGGAGCUGGACGGCUUCCCCCGGCUCCGGCACUGGUUCCGGAUCGUGGACGUGCGCGAGGAAGUCCUGGAGGAAAUCUCCCCGGGUCAGCUGAGCCUGGAGGACCUCCUGGAGAUGACGGAGGAGCAGGUGUGUGAGACGGUGGAGAAGUAUGGAGCCAACCGGGAGGAGUGCGCCCGCCUCAACGCCUCGCUCUCCUGCCUCAGGAACGUGCACACGUCAGGAGGCAACCUUUCAAAGCAGGACUGGAUCAUCCAGUGGCCCACCCCAGAGACGGGCAAGGAGAACAAUCCCGUGUGCCCUCCGGAGCCCGCCCCGUGGAUCCGCACCCACCUCUCUCAGAGCCCCAGGGUCCAGUCCAAGUGUGUCCAGCACUUGUGUCACACCAGCCCCACGCCGGGGGCCCCCGUGUACACCCACGUGGACAGGCUCACCGUGGACGCCUACCCAGGCUUGUGCCCGCCGCCGCCCCUGGAAUCGGGCCACCGUUCCCUGCCCCCCUCACCCCGCCAGCGGCACGCAGUCCGCACCCCACCACGCACCCCGAAUAUCGUCACCACUGUGACCCCGCCAGGCACGCCGCCCAUGAGGAGGAAGAACAAGCUGAAGCCCCCGGGGACCCCGCCGCCCUCCUCCCGAAAGCUGAUCCACUUGAUCCCGGGGUUCACGGCGCUGCACAGGAGCAAAUCCCACGAGUUCCAGCUGGGUCACCGCGUGGACGAGGCGCACACGCCCAAGGCCAAGAAGAAGAGCAAACCUUUGAACCUCAAGAUCCACAGCAGCGUGGGCAGCUGUGAGAACAUCCCUUCCCAACAGCGCUCCCCACUGCUGUCCGAGCGCUCCCUGCGCUCCUUCUUCGUGGGACACGCGCCCUUUCUGCCGUCCACCCCUCCUGUCCACUCGGUCCACACCACGGAGGCCAACUUCUCUGCAAACACACUGUCAGUGCCGCGCUGGUCCCCGCAGAUCCCGCGCAGAGACCUCGGCAACUCCAUCAAGCACAGGUUUUCCACCAAGUACUGGAUGUCUCAGACAUGUACAGUCUGUGGGAAGGGAAUGCUUUUUGGCCUCAAGUGUAAAAACUGCAAGUUAAAGUGCCACAACAAAUGCACCAAAGAAGCCCCGCCCUGUCACCUCCUGAUCAUCCACCGGGGUGCAAGGUUGGUCCGGACAGAGUCGGUCCCGUGUGACAUCAACAACCCUGUCCGGAAGCCACCUCGGUAUUCGGACCUGCACAUCAGUCAGACUCUCCCCAAAACCAACAAAAUCAACAAGGACCACAUCCCUGUCCCUUACCAGCCAGACUCCAGCAGCAACCCCUCAUCCACGACGUCGUCCACGCCGUCCUCACCAGCACCCCCGCUCCCUCCCAGCGCCACGCCGCCUUCUCCCCUGCACCCUUCCCCGCAGUGCACGAGGCAGCAGAAGAACUUCAACCUGCCAGCUUCUCACUACUACAAGUACAAGCAGCAGUUCAUCUUCCCAGAUGUAGUGCCGGUGCCAGAGACGCCAACCCGGGCGCCCCAGGUCAUCCUGCAUCCGGUGACUUCGAAUCCAAUCUUGGAAGGAAAUCCAUUACUUCAAAUUGAAGUGGAGCCAACCUCGGAGAACGAAGAGGGCCGUGACGAAGCCGAGGAGUCGGAAGAUGACUUCGAGGAGAUGAACCUGUCCCUCCUCUCGGCCCGGAGCUUCCCGCGCAAGGCCAGCCAGACCAGCAUGUUCCUGCAGGAGUGGGACAUCCCCUUCGAGCAGCUGGAGAUCGGUGAGCUCAUCGGGAAGGGCCGCUUCGGGCAGGUCUACCACGGCCGCUGGCACGGCGAGGUGGCCAUCCGGCUGAUCGACAUCGAGAGGGACAACGAGGACCAGCUCAAGGCCUUCAAGCGGGAGGUGAUGGCCUACAGGCAGACGCGCCACGAGAACGUGGUCCUUUUCAUGGGCGCCUGCAUGAGCCCGCCGCACCUGGCCAUCAUCACCAGUCUCUGCAAGGGACGGACACUCUAUUCGGUGGUGAGGGAUGCCAAGAUCAUCCUGGAUGUCAACAAAACCAGACAGAUCGCUCAGGAAAUUGUGAAGGGCAUGGGUUACCUCCACGCCAAGGGGAUCCUUCACAAGGACCUCAAAUCCAAGAACGUUUUCUACGACAACGGCAAAGUGGUCAUCACGGACUUUGGGCUCUUCAGCAUUUCCGGGGUGCUGCAGGCUGGCAGGCGAGAAGACAAACUGCGCAUCCAGAACGGCUGGCUGUGCCACCUGGCACCGGAGAUCAUCCGCCAGCUGUCCCCCGACACAGAGGAGGACAAGCUCCCCUUCUCCAAGCACUCGGACGUCUUUGCACUCGGCACGAUCUGGUACGAACUCCAUGCCAGGGAGUGGCCUUUCAAGACCCAACCAGCCGAGGCAAUAAUAUGGCAGAUGGGCACAGGCAUGAAGCCCAGCCUCAGCCAGAUUGGCAUGGGAAAAGAAAUCUCGGACAUUCUUCUUUUCUGCUGGGCCUUCGAGCAGGAGGAAAGGCCCACCUUCACCAAGCUCAUGGACAUGCUGGAGAAGCUGCCAAAGCGCAAUCGCCGCCUGUCUCAUCCCGGACAUUUCUGGAAGUCUGCAGAGCUGUGACCCUGGGACAAUGGGACCACGCUGGGCUGCCUCAGCUCCUGAGCCACCUCUCCCUCCCUGCUCCGCCCCUGCCAGCUCGGGAGGCCAGAAGCUCACCACCAGAGGGUCCCCACCGUCCGGCUUCGGAGCGCCGCACGACUGCACCGUGGCCGCCCUGCACCCCAGACGUGCGCCCCUCUGCUCGGGCAGGGGCGGGGACCCCCGAGUCAGGACCCACCUGAUCAGCCGGGGUGACGGGAUUGAUGAGUGGGGCCCAGGGGACAGUGUGGCGAGGACAACUCCAGGCUGAAGGUGGAGACCCUGGGCUGCGGGGGGCCGGCAGGAGACCCCGCCCGCCAGGCAGGACGUUGACUGGUCAGUGCCGCGCGUGCGCACACGAGGCCCGCUCUGCUGGCCCCACGAGAGCAGCCCGACUGCUCCGCCUGGAGCCCCGCUGCUUUGGGGAAGAGCAGCCCCAGCUGGGUCAAGGCCACUGUGCAGGGCCAGGGUGGGGCAGGGCAGGGGUGGCCAAGCCCAUUCCCUUGGAAACAUCUAGUUCAGAGGCCCCAACCCAAGCCUGGCACGGUGCAUGGCACCUCUGGACGCAGCUGCCACGUGUGCCGCGACAGUCCUGCGUGUCUUUCGAGCCCCGUCCUGCCUUUGUCCCCUGCCCUGGGAGAGGGUCAUCCUAUCUCAUCUCACUGGCCAUUUGGAAGGCACAGUGACUCCCUGGAUUAUGUGUGUGUGGGGGUGUCCUUAGGGCUCAUGACACCCCCUGAAGUCUAGGCCCCAAGAACUAGGAUGGGGGGUGUUCUAGCACAUUCCUCUCCCUUACUCUUGGGCAGCUGGCCCACCCACAGUGAUGGUCUCUGGGGCGCGUGUGGGGUGGGUUUCGGGGUGUCCUGUCUGGGAGGAGCUUCUCCGGCUGUUCCACCCCUUAAUACGUCUCCUUGGGGCAGCGGGGAGGGAGCCCUUUUAUAAAAAUCCUUCCCUUCCACUCCAGCCUGGGCAGUCCCUGAGUGGCCUCCUGUUAGGAGCCAGGGUCCCUUGCCUAUUUGUGCUCACUCAACGUCCCCUCUUGCCAUCCCUCCCCUUGCUCAAGGCCUGGACUUCCCCCAGAGCAAGGGAGAGGAGAGCCUCUGGGUAAUGUCCCCAAAGCCCCGACCCCAUGGAUCUGACCUGGCACUAAAGGGAAAUCUGUCUCCACAAAGAGCAGCAGCAGAGGUAGCAGAGCAGCUGCAGGGCGCCCAGGGCCGGCCCACGGUCCCUCUGGACCCCCUGGCCACUGCCCAGCUUGGUGAUCUCACAGCUCCUCCCGCAUCCACACAUCGCCCUCCCAGGGAGGGAGACCCAGACUUCAAAACCUGAUCUGAGCUAACAUCCAGAAUCCAGCCACAUGCACGGGGACCUUGCCCACCUGGGUGGCCCCAGACCGCUGCACGCUCCAGGGCAAGUCGGCUCCGGGAAGAACAGGGCGACCUUGUGCUUCCCCAGAACUGGGCCCAGGGGGGUCCCCUGCGCUCCCCAAGGGCCUCCUUGCCUUGCCUUGCCACAUCCCCACCUGCCUGGGACCAGGAGACUCAAAACCCCACCCGGGGCCAUUCCUAAGUGGACAUUCCUGUUCUGGGGACAUCCGUCCUGGUGGCUCUUGGCCUGGUGAUUGCUUGUCUUGGGGGCAUUUCACACGCACUUGCAAGACACCCAGAGCUCUUGUCUGAAGAUGCCCCCCUUCCAACAGUCCCCUCUGUGGAGCCCCCGAGUCCCUGGCCUGGGUGGACCACCCAGGCUGUGCCCAGCGACCUACCGAGUGCCUGCCAUCCAGCCCCUGCCUCUCCUCAAUCCCCACCCGGACUUGUCAGUGCACAGACUCCAGAUUUCCCCUGCACUUUGUGCCCAAAGAGGAAACGAGGAAGGAAGGAGGCAGCCGGGGUCCAGAGCCCCCAAAGUUGAAAUGCCCCCCAGAGCUGCCCCCUGCUGCCCCGGACUCUCCUGCUUCCAGAAUUAACCAAAAUAGCCGACCACCACCCUUGUCAAGGCCCAGCGGGGUCUCCCAAGGGUGACUCUCCAUGUGACCCUGAGCCCCUGUUGGGAGUUAGGACAGGACCUGGGAGAUCCAGGGAGAAGGCCCAGCCCUCCACCCACCCCCCUGCCCCUCUGGGGCUUCUUAGCCUCGGGGAUUAGAGCUCCUUGGGUCUGUUCCUUGGUCCCACGUCACCUCUUCUUGACUUCUCACUCUUUCCUCCUCCGUCCCCACCUGCCGAGAUCUCCGCUGCAGUCAGAACUGAACGCUGGCUCCAGGCUUCCAGCGUUCCCUGACCCCCACCCCAGCCCCAGCCCUUACUUGUUUAAAUCCGGGGAGAAUCGGGCCCCUCCUUUCCCACGGCCCCGGUCUGUUUGCUGAGGGACACCUGGGGGGAGAACAUGGUCAUUCGUCCUUUGAGGGUGGAAGAGGAGAGAGACUUUGUACUUGCCCGUUUUAGCGGCUAGCCUGUCCUGCGUCUGGUUCUAUAGGACCCACCCCGUGAAGGGGAGCCUCUGUGUGUGUGUGUAUGUGUGUGUGCGCGCCUCUCCCUGCAGGUGACACGAGUCACCAGCUCAACAGCAAGUUGCUUCCGUCUGUGCCUCACAUUCAGCAAACCCCUCUCUGUUCAGGCUUCCCGUGUGGACCACUCUGCAGGGGGAAGGUCCCCCCGGGGGCCUGGACCUUCAGAGAGACACUGCUGGGCUUCUGUUGAAGGGCACGCAGUGGCCUGCUAACUCCCACCCACUCCUCACACGACAAAUGAUCCUCUUGAUCUCCUGUAGGGACAUCCCCCAGUGGCCCCAUCCCCAGAGCCAAACCAGAAACUAAAUUGCCACUUAGGUCUCCCUGGUCCUGGUUUUCCCUAUUAGGGGUCAAAGAAAAGAAUUCCAUGUCGCCAUGUCCCCCUCCUGUCCUCCACGUCCACCUGGGCUCAGCCUAUGGACGCCCUUUCUUUACCUAUGUGGGUAACAGGACUCUGUGUCCAGGGAGCCUGCAUCUCCUCUCUCCCUGUGCUACCCCGUGUCCCCACAUCGUGCCCCCCAAACACAAGCACAGAAACCCAGACGCCCCCAACCUUCCAUAACCCUCCUCCCACCUGUCGCUGAUCCUCCAAGACACUCUGAUCUCUGGGCCCUCGCUAUCUUGAGACAUCUAGAGCUGAGGUGACAAGCUUCGGCCUGAGGACCAAA